AUGGACAAGUUUGCGACGUUAGAGCCAGUUCGGCUGUAUGCUCAGACAGCAGGCUCACAGAGCCGUACCGGCGCGAAAGCUCCAUCACAGCUGCAACCGUCUUCUCCGCCCAUCGGCCGCUUGCCCACGUCCCUCCAUCUCCUCAUCCUGAACUACGCGUCGAUCCCCACCAUACCUGCUUACGCUCGAUGCUGUCGAGCUCUUGCAACUCUUGCUCGCUCUGAAGACCUAUGGCGCUCGCGAUGGUCACGCCUAGAGCUGGAACGGCUCUGUCUGCUCCCCGUACUCGAUGUCCUCGAGGAGAAGGCGCAGGGAGAGAAGGCGCGUGAGCGGGAAAAGCAACCCCCUACCCUCAUGGUCGAUGACGACGAAUUCGGCGACUUCGCCAGCGGAGGGAUGCAGGCUGUGGACGACGAGAUGGGCGAAUUCGUGGGCGGCGCCGUACCCUCCACACCAUUCGGCGCAGCUGUCUUCGCGGCGCAGCCAGCCAAAGUAGGGACUCAAUCCACCAGUUCUCCAGAGAAGAAGGAUACGUUUCGUUUCAAGUACAUCCGAGCCCACACUCUGCUCGUUCCGUGUGCCCGAGUGCUCACGCAACCGUCCCAUCUCGUGCUCGGCGCUCUCUCCGCACUUUUGCCAAGCCAGAAUCCGGAGGCGUCCGCGGUCAUUCCACAAGCUCAGCUCAUCCAUCUGCUGGCUGUGUUUCUCUCGCCGGCGAAUCAACCCCUGGUCGCGUGGCAAACGCUGUCCGACUAUCUACGGCAGACUGCCGAUCGCUUUCAAGCUGCGCUGCUUGCGACAUUUGAAGAUGCGGACACGCAAGGCGACGAGGCUCGGAUGCGUGAAGCAGCGGCCGCUGCAUGGGAGGUUCAUCUGGCGACAACGGCGGCAAAGCCUCCGACGAUGCAGCAGUCCCAAAGUCAUCGAGCGAGCGUAGGCGUAGCUGCCGCGGGACUCUUCGGUCAUGCUGGCACGUCCGCCUUCGGGGGCAGCACCGUAGACGAAGCGUUUGAGAUGAGCCGGGUAUGGGCCGAAAAGCGCGAGAUCUUCUACGAAGGCGAGCGUUGGAGACCGGAAGACAACUUUACGAAGCAAAAUAUGUUAGCUUUCGACGCUAUGGACUCCUUCAUGAAUGCUAUCCUCAACUCUAUUCGAGAAGAUGGUUCACGUGCCGUUCGCGUGUUCCCUCCCGCCGCCAACGUGCUUGUCCAUUUUUCUGCCAAAGUCGCAAACGAAGUGGUGUCGGAAUACAUCGUUCCCUUGUUGACUCGUGCGCGACAAUUACCGGCACCGUCCGCCACUGAAAUCGCUUCCGGGAUAUAUUUACAGGCAACAGCGGGUACCUUCAAGGAGGCCUGGAAAAUCGUCGACACCGUGCUGGAUGUUUCACGUAACACGCGAUAUGGAGAUAAUGAGAGCGGCGCGCGCGCGCAUAUCAACGGCGUUGAUUCGUCUAGCGAUGCCGUAGUAAGCAGAGAGGCCGCUGAGGAUAUUGUUUAUCGCAUGUUCGAGUCCAAUAUGGACGAGUAUCUUGACGAAGAACUCGAGCACGUCAAGCACACGCUCGAACGAAUAUGUAAAAAUUGGGACAAGAAGCUUGCUCAGGGACAGUCUAAGUCAACGACCUUCAUUGCGUCACAAAACCCGGCUCUUGUCAAGCGCAAUGUACUUGCUUCGUUCACGAACGUGCUCUUAUUACCAGUGACCAUCGUCCCCCGCGCCAUAACGACCGGUGUCGGUGCGAUUACCACAGGUGUUGGUGCCAUGUCGGCGGGGGUGCUGAGGGCCGGUGCUUCAAACAGCGGAAGAGGCACGCCAGCUGGUUACACCCGGGACUUCGAUCAGGGAGACAAUGGUAUACUGUUCGAGCUCAACAACGAGGAUGACCACGAUGAAGACGACCGGAGAAUAUCGUCCACAAAGACGGCGAACGCCAGCUCUCGCCCGACAUCCACCACAUUGAGCGUGACUGAAAGUGCAAAUGAUGCCGCCUCAAAAUCUGCGACGACGUUCGCACAGUUCGACCUACUUCUUUCGCUAGACGUUGCCAUCGAACUUAUUCAAGCAGACCGGGAGUCGCUCAAACGGUGCGAGACAUUCGCCGGAUAUCCUGGGCAUUACGGGCAUCGUGUCCGCGACACUAUUGAGGAGAUAUUCGUGCUUCUACUUCAAGCCAUGGGAGACCGGCAUUUGGAGCCGGGCUUUCGACUUGCGACGGAGCAAAUGAAACAGUAUCGGCCAGCUGAACACGAGGAAACGACCAGUGUCGCGCCGUUGAUGCAGUUCUUUGAGCUUGUCCAUCUGGGAGAUAUGAUUCAGUCCAUGGUCCAAGUUCAUCAUAUAGACAAGACUGAUUUCCUGAACCCCGUGGUCCGAGAGAAGAAGAAAUUCGAGAACACUUUGGACGACGCCGUCGCAGCCGGGCUGAACGCAGGUACUGAAGUGCUCAUGAACCAAGUCGAGCAUAUCAUCAUUACAAAAACCAAACCGCGCGAAUAUUAUCCACCCGAAGACGCACCGCUGGAUCUGGGCCCCACCGAAGGGUGCACCGAAGCAGUAAAAUGUCUGGACAUGCAUUGCAAGCUCCUGAAGGACAGUACGAGCAAGGAGGUUCUUGAGGUAUUCUAUCAGGAAGUAGGCUACCGGCUCAUUGCAAUCCUACAGAAGCAUAUCAAACGCCAGAUCAUAUCCUUGAAUGGCGGCUUCCAGAUCAUCGCCGAUCUCAACACUUACCAUGCCUUCAUAUCAUCCCUGAAGGUGCCCACAGUUACUUCCGAAUUUGCACAUCUCAAGAUGCUGGGCCAUGUCUAUGUAGUGGAAGAUGCAAAGGACCUGGCCCAGAUAGUCAGGGAUGUCACGCGCUACGGCGGAGCGUAUCGGCCAGAGGAUAUAUACGAGUUCAUUCAACGGCGAUCAGACUGGAAGAAAAUCGAGAAGAUCGUGGACAAGACAAUGUAUAACCUCAGCUUCAAGGAAGACUGCGUCAUCGCGUGA